ACAUGACGUCAUUAGACUGCGCGCAGAGCGCGACGGCGCGGCCGGCGAAGCGGGACUGGCUGGUGGGAAAACGAAACUGCGGGAGGAGGCGGAGGCUCUGGCAGCAGCCGGGCCGGUGGCGACGGCGACGACAUUGUCGGCCUGACCCCUCCUUUCCGCUCCCGGGCAGCUCGCCCUCUCCCCUCAGCAAUCCUUGCUGUGAUCACAGUGGCUGGAAGCCAAGGGCAGCUGACUGUCUGGAUUUAUGGUUGCAGUUAACAAUGAAGAGGAGAACUGACCCAGAAUGCACUGCCCCCAUCAAGAAACAGAAAAAAAGAGUUGCAGAACUUGCGCUGAGCCUCAGCUCCACAUCGGAUGAUGAGCCUCCCACCCCUGUCAGUCAUCCAGCAAAAGUUUCUGUGACAAGCCUUAGUGAGUCUGACAGUGAGAAUGAAGGGAAGCCACGCAGCUCUGACUCUUUUGAUGAUACAUUCAAAGCAGACUCGCUUGUGGAAGGGACGUCUUCUCGCUACUCCAUGUACAACAGUGUCUCCCAGAAGCUCAUGGCCAAGAUGGGCUUCAAGGAAGGGGAAGGAUUGGGUAAAUUCAGCCAGGGUCGGAAGGACAUCGUUGAAGCCUCUAAUCAGAAGGGUCGAAGAGGCCUGGGGCUGACUCUGCAGGGCUUUGAUCAGGAACUGAAUGUGGACUGGCGAGAUGAGCCAGAGCCCAGUGCCUGUGAGCAGGUGUCAUGGUUCCCAGAAUGUACCACGGAAAUUCCUGACACUCAAGAAAUGAGUGAUUGGAUGGUUGUGGGAAAGAGAAAGAUGACUAUUGAAGAUGAGACGCAGUUCUGUGGGGCGGAACUGCUGCACAGCAUGCUGCAGUGCAAGAGCGUGUUUGAUGUCCUGGAUGGGGAGGAGAUGCGGCGAGCUCGGACCCGGGCCAAUCCCUACGAGAUGAUCCGAGGAGUCUUCUUCCUCAACAGGGCAGCGAUGAAGAUGGCAAACAUGGACUUUGUGUUUGAUCGCAUGUUCACAAAUCCCCGGGACUCCAGUGGGUUGCCCCUGGUGAAGGACCGGAACGCUGAGCUUUUGUACUUUGCUGACGUGUGCGCAGGCCCUGGUGGCUUCUCUGAGUAUGUGCUGUGGAAGAAGAAGUGGCACGCGAAGGGCUUUGGGAUGACUCUGAGGGGCCCCAAUGACUUCAAGCUGGAGGACUUCUACUCGGCCUCCAGUGAGCUCUUCGAGCCGUACUACGGUGAGGGUGGGGUUGAUGGAGAUGGAGAUAUCACCCGCCCAGACAACAUCGCUGCCUUUCGGAACUUUGUCCUGGACAACACAGACCGCAAAGGUGUCCACUUUCUGAUGGCCGAUGGGGGCUUCUCUGUGGAGGGGCAGGAGAACCUGCAGGAGAUCCUCAGCAAGCAGCUGCUGCUGUGCCAGUUCCUCAUGGCACUGUCUGUUGUCCGCACAGGAGGCCACUUCAUCUGUAAAACCUUCGACCUCUUCACACCCUUCAGCGUGGGGCUCAUCUACUUGCUGUACUGCUGCUUUGAACGUGUGUGUCUCUUCAAGCCCGUUACCAGCCGGCCUGCCAACUCUGAGAGGUACGUGGUGUGCAAGGGCUUGAAGGUGGGGACAGAUGAUGUUCGCGAGUACCUCUUCUCGGUGAACAUGAAACUCAACCAGCUUCGGAACACCGAUUCUGACGUCAACCUCGUGGUCCCCCUGAAGGUGAUCAAGGAUGACCCAGAGUUUACUGACUACAUGGUCCGCUCCAAUGAGGGCCACUGUAGCCUGCAGAUCAAAGCUUUAGCCAAAAUCCACGCCUUUGUUCAGGACACGACCCUGAGUGAGCCUCGGCAGGCGGAGAUCCGGAAAGAGUGCCUCCGGCUCUGGGAGAUUCCGGACCAGGCUCGAGUUGCUCCUUCUUCUUCGGACCCAAAGUCUAAGUUCUUCGAGCUGAUCCAGGGCACUGAGAUCGACAUCUUCAGCUAUAAGCCUACACUGCUCACUGCCAAAACCCUGGAGAAGAUCCGGCCUGUGUUCGACUACCGCUGCAUGGUGUCCGGCAGCCAGCAGAAGUUCCUCCUCGGCAUGGGGAAGUCCCAGAUCUAUACAUGGGAUGGCCGCCAGUCAGACCGCUGGGUCAGGCUGGACCUGAAGACGGAGCUGCCCCGGGACACUCUGCUGUCUGUGGAGAUCGUGCACGAGCUAAAAGGGGAGGGGAAGGCCCAGAGGAAGAUCAGUGCCAUCCACAUCCUUGAUGUCCUUGUGCUGAACGGCAGUGAUGUCCGGGACCAGCAUUUCAACCAGCGAAUUCAGCUUGCCGAGAAGUUUGUGAAAGCCGUUUCCAAGCCCAGUCGCCCUGACAUGAAUCCCAUCAGAGUGAAAGAGGUGUACAGGCUGGAGGAGGUGGAAAAGAUUUUUCUCAGGCUGGAAAUGAAGAUCAUCAAGGGCUCCAGCGGCACUCCGAGGCUCAGCUACACCGGGCGGGAUGACCGGCACUUCGUGCCCACAGGCCUCUACAUAGUCAGGACAGUGAACGAGCCUUGGACCAUGGGGUUCAGCAAAAGCGUCAAGAGGAAGUUCUUCUACAACAAGAAGACCAGGGACUCCACCUUUAACAUCCCCACGGACUCCAUUGCCCCGUUUCAUGUCUGCUACUUCAGCCGGCUCUUCUGGGAGUGGGGAGAUGGCAUCCGCGUGCACGACUCCCAGAAGCCGCAGGAUGUGGACAAGCUGUCCAAGGAGGAUGUCCUUUCCUUCAUCCACAUGCACAGCCACUGAGCCAGGCCUGGGCGCUCCUGCCGAAUGCCCUGUCCCUCCCAGGGCAGGGUGCUCUGCACGGUUCCUUCUGCCUCUGUGAAGGAGCUAGGGAGCACCAAGCCUGGGGGUCGGCAGGGGCCGUCAGAGGACACGUGUUCCUGGGACAGGUUUAAGGUCAGCGCCCAGAGGACAGGGCAGAGCAGAGGUCUUUGGGCACUGCCGCUCUCCCAGGGCUCCUGCAGACGGCACCACCCCUCGGGGUGGCCAGGCCCCUGCUGUGCCCAGCUUUAAUUGGGCCAACCCUGGGUGGGUAGAGCCCACUGUGGUUUCUGCCCAGGAGCAGCUGUUGUACAAGUUAAGAGUUUUGAGUUUGCUGUGUUGAUGCCAAGUUGGAGACAACUCUGUCUCCUUCCCGUCUUGAGCCCUUCCCUGGAGUCCUAGCACGGCCAGCAACACUUGGGAUCAGAGCUGUGUUGUCUUUGGCACUGGCUGUGACUGCGGAGCCUUCCUGGGCCACCUGCUUUUCAUCCAAAAGUUGGGCAGCUCGAAGAGGGCAGGAAGUGGCCUUGGAGACCUGCCUUUCCUCUCCCCUAGCAGCAGUGGCCCUCCUGGUAGCAGAGUGCUGAGCUGGAGGUUGCUCUUUGCCACCCUUCCUCCCAUUAGGAGGGACGGUCUGCUUUUGUCUGCUCAUGGUCACUCCGUUUCCUCCAUCUUGGCAGAGGCACAGAGAGGAAAGGAAGCGGGGCAGCAGCCCUGGACAGGGGAGGGUGCUCUGGUUGUUUUUAACAGGAAAUAACUUUGAGAGGCUCCUGUGACUCCCUAGGGCCCCAGCCUGGUGCCAGUCUGGUUUCCAUGGCGAUAGGGCACUGAGGCUCCUGGCAGGUUGGAAUUGACUCCACAGGGCCUUCAGCCAACACCCAGGCUGGCAGUGACACGGUGGGGACACCGUAUUCCACCCAGCUUUGGGCUCAACGGUAUGUUCUGCAAAAUCUUGGUUCAUUAAAGAUGAACAUAUUUUUAA